AUGCUGCAGACAGCCAUCGUUAAUGGAACACUAUACAUAUAUGGCGGCCGGUCGACGACAGAUGCCAGCCAGAACGAUAAAACUUGGAAUGACAACUUUCUCACUCUUGACCUAAAGUCAAGCUGGGGAAUCUCGGCGCCAAAGUUGACCGGGCUUCCUCGCCCAGACAACGGUCCUCCACCCGUCUCGAACGGAUAUCUGUGGAACUCCUAUAGCUCACUCUUCCUAUAUGGAGGAGAGUUUUCAGAUAACCCUCCGACAGACCCGGUUGACUUUAGCCUAUGGGAAUAUAACAUCCCUUCGUCGUCGUGGAUAGAACAUAAGAGUCCGAAGACUUCGUCCGGGGAUAAUUCCGACGCGAGUAAUAUACCAGUGCAACGGUCGGCCGAGGGAGCCGGUAUAAACGUCCCAGAUCUAGGGAGAGGGUGGUACUUUGGCGGCCAUCUCGAUGGAUAUACUACCAAGGGCUGGUCGCAGUCGGUUCCAAGGGUAUAUCUCAAGUCGAUGAUCGAGUAUACCUUCCCAGGGUUCGCCAAUAGCGGAGUCAAAAUCGACACAGCUGAUAAACGGGCCGGUCCUGAAGGCGCCUGGCGGAAUAUAACCGAAGGAGGGCUACAGGACUCUGCGGGGUUCACUGAACGCGCUGACGGAGUGUUGGUGUAUAUACCGGGUUUUGGUAAAGAGGGCAUCAUUCUCGGUCUGGCUGGUGGUACAAACGCUAAAUUUACCCAGAUGAAUGUUAUCGACGUGUUUGAUAUUGCAAGUUCAAAAUGGUACAAGCAAGCAACAAACGGGGAAACACCCAGUAUCAGAGUAAACCCGUGCGCUGUUGCUGCAUCAGCAGCUGAUGGAAGUAGCACACAGGUUUACCUGUUUGGCGGGCAAAACCUGAUCCCCUACGGAAGUCAAGUUCAGUAUGAUGACAUGUGGAUUUUGUCGAUUCCUAGUUUCACCUGGAUAAAGGCCGAUACGGGCGGUCAAUCGGUUCCUCCCGCCAGAGCCGGACAUACGUGUAAUAUAUGGAACUCCCAGAUUAUUGUGACCGGAGGCUAUGUGGGACAAGAUCUGAGCUGUGAUAGUCCUGGUAUAUACGUAUUCGAUGCGUCGGAGUUGAAAUGGAACAACGAAUAUACAGCUCUCAAGGGUGGGAAUGACUUGAACCAACAGGCGUCCCAGACACGCGAUGGCAGUGGCCUAGGGGGUAGUUAUGGCUAUCGGGUCCCGAAAGUGGUUCAAUCAGUAAUAGGAGGAGACGACACCGGGAAAGCUACUCAGACUGUCCCUGCCAUGGCACCAACUGAUGGACCUCUAGCCACUGGCCAACCUCUCACGUACACCAUCCUCCCAACUGCAACCGGGGGACCGUACCCAGGGGGUUCGAACGGACGCGGCAACGAUGGUCCUAACGUCGCUGCCAUCGUUGCUGGGGUUAUCGCUGGCUGCCUCGCGAUACUGGCGAUAUACCUUGGUUUCGUCACCUGGCUCUAUCGCAGACGACUAGCAAUCUAUAAAAGCCACAUUGCCGCGACUCAGCGCUCCUCAAUGGGGAGCGGAUAUGGUGACAAAAUAUCUUCCUUCCCGCCUCGAUAUUCAGACCACAUGAGCAGCACUGGACUAGGGGCCAGCGGAUCAAGUGGUAACUUAACUGCUACCACAGCCGCAACGGCUGCUGCGCGUUCAUCGUGGGUGGGCAGCGAUUAUCACCAUCACAAGCAUACCAGAAGCAGCAGCGGUGGUAACCUCGAACCCCUACAACAACCAGGCCCAUCGGCUAGUAGCAGUGUAGAAGAUCUACUCGCUGGGCAAGAACCGACAUUCCUAGGCGUCAUGUUGAACCCCCGGCAAACUUUGAGAGUUAUCAACCAGUGA